CAACAACACCGCUAGAGAAAAUGGUUUGAAGUAAACACUGUGUUUAAAACAAUGAUCUAACGUUCUAAAAGAACUAUGAUGGUAAAGAUGGAGAGGUCUUUGUUGGCUGGAUAUUUGCUUGUCGGUCUGCUUCUUUCUGGUGGCGAUGGAAACCCCCAGCAGGUUACACUCCGCGUUUGGCGCGGGCAGCAGAUUAUGCUGCCGUGCCGCCUGACUUCCGGUUUGGAUCCCGACUUGGUCUCGGUACGCUGGGAAUCAUCAAAGGACUCUUACAUCACUUCCGGUGUAAGUAUCCUCAAAUACAAGAACCAGAUUGAGGUCGUCAAGACUACCAAUUUUGAAUGGAAUCUUCUGAUUAUGUCAGUCACGGACACAUUCGCGGCGAAUUACACGUGCACGAUGAGCCAACACGUGGUGCUGUCCAACGUCCAACUUCUGAUCUUGGUGGCUCCGAAAAUCGACUAUGGCGGAACAAGCUCAUCGGAUGUGAGCGUCGAUGAAGACGGCACUGUGAACCUUACCUGCGCAUUUAUUGGCGAACCUGUACCGACCAUUACGUGGUUUAGGGGUGACGACAAACAGCCUAUCGGCAUCACGGGCAACAAACUUGUUCUACCUAACAUCAAGCGUCACGCUACGGACGUCUACACGUGUCGUGGAGAGAAUUCUGUUAGUUAUGAGGAUUAUACAAUCACUCUUAUUGUUAGGUUUCCUGUUGAGGUUGACGUCAUGGAAAAGACCAUUUACGUCAAAAGGGGAGGUAUUUCUACGUUAACGUGUAUCGCGCAAGGGGAGCCGUUAUACGAAACAUACUGGAUUGACGUUCAUGGGAAUAAAGUGAUGUCUACAACAUGGAAAUACUACUUUAACAUGGAGCCGGCAGGUGCACAUAUACCUGCUAGGUUCGUCACCUUGGUUACACGCGCGGGUACCCUGAUCGUUUUCGACUUUGGAACGUACACGUGCGAGGCGAAGGGAGAGGGAUUCGUUGCCAAUGCAACUGUGAAUGUCGUUGAACUUAAGGAACCUAACUAACUUAACGCCAACGGAUCAAAUGUCCCUGAUACGAAGUACGACAAAAUAAAUCGAAAAUCAUAACGCCUUCGAAAUAAAGCAGAACUAACUCUGACUGGGAACUUGUGAAAGAUACCGACUUGAUACGGCCGAUGUAUAAAAUAUUUUUAUAUGCCAAUAGAAGUAUUGGCGUUAAUGUUAGAUUUUGAUGCCUGGCACCAAAUUCUCGAAAUUUCUAAAGUCUUAUAUAACAGGAUUUAGCUAAUUUCACUAUUUUUGGUUUUCUAUGAAUUGUGUUCUAUCUAUUAAUCUUUAAGACUUUUUAGACUUUACGUUGGAUUUAGUUUUAUCAAAAUCACAAUUAACCAUUUUUCUCUGAUCAAAAUCAAAUAUAAGUAUGUAUUUUGGCUUAUUUAAAUCAGCUUCUUAAGCCUGUUAACCUUAAAAAGUUUUGAAAAAUUAGGGCCUGAUCGAAAAGGUAUUGUUUUCUGAUUACUCAUAAGUUAAGGAAAUGAACGAAAAUACAAUUCUUGCAGUUUGAACUCUGCUUCUUUGUUUCUACUGAAAUUGGACGCAAAACAUAGCAGUGUGUGUAAACCACGUGAUAAAUUGCGUCAUAUAUGCUACAUCGGAAUGGAAUAUUUAAAAUGAAGACUUAAAUCAAAGAUAACUUUUCCUUUUCGACACCAUUUUAAAUGAAACAAAAGGCAGUCUAUGCCGCUUAAAGAGCCCCGCCUUAUUACCGAGUUCGAUUUGGUUAUUAGUUUCCACAAACACUUCGACAAACCUUUCUCCAAGAAAAUGUUUUGUCAGACGGCCAUAUUGUGAAAAGGUUUGUCGAAGUGUUUUAAGAAACUAAACUCUCAAUCAAACUCUGGUUAAACACAGAAGGCGGGGCUCCGUGAGCGGCGUAGACUUAUGGAGGCUAUUCGUUGCCAAAAGUCCAGACGUGUAUGUGUGUAUUUUAGGUUUGUAUCAUUGAUGAUUUACCAAUUUACAUUUUACAACCGCCAACUCAUCGGUUUAUAUUUACAUUUUACACUGCACAUUUUCAUUUUUCAUUGUACCGAUUGGAGUUUUAUUCUCGUUGCAUCUAUUCAUCAGACGAUUCAGUCGUGUUUAUAAAGUUGUGUAUGUUAAAACACACGUCAUUCUGUGAAAGUCACAUGCCGGGUUUUACAUUGCGGUGUGUAGAAGACAGAUUUCAGUUCGUAGUUCUACAAAAUACAUUGUAUGGUGGUAACUUUUCAUUCGCAGUUGAACAUGAGAUGAAUUUAAUUUUAUUUAUAGAUAGCUCCGCCUUAACCAUGUCUUAACUCCUCCUUACGUCUUUCGGAAAUUUCCGCUAUCACUCGGCUCUAUUUAAACCAAUUAUGGAUACUUUGGACCAUGGACAUUGCGAACCUUAUUAUGGACAUUACGAAUCAUCUAUAUUAUGACACUAUGGACUAUGAUUUGGAAACAGGAUGGAUUAUAAAUUAUUUCAUGUCGAAUAAAA